CACAUAAUUUUCAGUAUCGAUCGGAACAACACGUACGUGUCUCCGAGCUGAAAAUAUAUUAAAAAAAGUUUAAUUUAAAAUUUUCUUUUGAAAGUCAAGUAAAAAAAAAGAUAAAAAUAUAAAAUGGGUGAUCAACGAGGAACGCGUGUGUAUGUUGGAAAUUUAACUGAUAAAAUCAAGAAAGACGAUUUAGAAGGAGAGUUCACGAAAUAUGGUAAAUUAAAUUCAGUAUGGAUUGCAUUUAAUCCACCAGGUUUUGCAUUCGUCGAAUUUGAACAUCGUGACGAUGCCCAAAAGGCAUGUGAUGUUUUAAACGGCACCGAAUUGUUGGGCUCCCAAUUGAGAGUGGAAAUCAGCAAGGGACGCCCACGUCAAGGUGGUCGUCGCCAAGGAGGUGGUGGUGGUAGAGGAGGCGGCGGCGGUGACAGACGCCGUGAUGGCGGUAGCUUCGGCGGACGUCGUAAUGGUGGAAGUGGUGGUGGCGGCGGAGGUUUCCGUCCACGCAACUCAAGUGGCGGCCGCUAUCCCGACCGUGGUUAUGGCGGUUCGGGUGGGGGUGGCCGUUCCGGCGGCGGCGGUUAUGGACGCGAUGGCUACGGUAGCUCUAGUGGUGGCCGUUCUGGAGGCGGUGGCUAUGGACGUGAUGGCGGCAGUUCGGGUGGCUUCAGUCGUCGUGAUUCCUACGGUCGUGAUGGAGGCAGUAGUGGUGGCCGUUCUUUCGGCGGUCAAGGUGGCGGCGGUGGUCGUUUUAGAUCACGCUCUCCCAUGGGACGUUUUUAAAUUAAAAACUACUAUACACAAAAAGUAUCUAUCUACAAUUUUUUAACAAAAGAUAUUACAAGUAAGCUUCUUCGAUGUGUUAUAUAUAGUAUCAAUAUCAUACAAAACUUAAUAACUACGUUAAACUGCGUUUGAUAUAGAGUAACAAUUUUGUAGAAAUUUGCAAAUGUGAACGUAAAUAUAUAGUACUAUUCUAUUUUUUAAGACGAAAUCUUAACGAAUUUCGUUUUUAGUGUCUUAAGUCAUAAUUUUAAUUUAAAAAAUCCUCAAAAAAAGAAACAUGAAAGAAAAUCUACUUUGCCUAUAACAUUGCAGAAAUACGAAGAUAAAAAGAAUUUGUCAUAAUUUAACGAUUUAUUUGUAAAGAAAAAAAGAAAACAGCAAAUAUGAGAGAACAAACAAAUGCAAAUUAGCAAUAGCAACAAAAAUCAGAGAGACAACCGUUUUAUGCAAAAACAAAAUGGCACCAAAAUAUGUAAAGAGAGAUGAUUUUAAAUUUGUAUUUAUUUUUUUACACUUAAAUCAACGUAUAAUUUUAAGUUAUUCCUUUUUUCUACUACCAUUUCCCUUCAAAAAAACAAAAAUCUACAUAAUCAUUACUUUUUUCACUACAAAAUAUAUAAAGAAAAACAAUUACAAAAUGAAAAAAAUUAUAACUACGUAAUACUACGCUAAGUUUAUACGUCUGUCUUUAUAACAACUGCAAAAAGAGAGAGAAACCAGAAAAUUCAAAAACAAAAGAAAUUUUUAGCAAAAACAAAUUCUUUAUUAAAAAAAAAAUACAAAAUAAAAUAAAAAAAACAGAAUUGAUGUGUAAUCUCAUAAAAGAUAAAAAAAAACAUGAAUUAACUACUACUCGUACUAUUUCUGUAACAAUUACACAGUAUUCCACAAAAAAAGCAAGAAAAAUAUGAACAAAAGAUUCAAAACAAA